AUGGUGUUACGCUCGAUUGGUCUAGAACGGGUGGCCGAGGAGUUGAUGGGUCGAAGAAAAUGGAAACUAUACCAGGACGCGUUAAUACCAAAGCGGGCCGAAGGGGAGCGGUCCAGCGACGAGGAUACCACGCCUGCCACCGACCCCCCGCCCGCUCUCAAGAUAAAGACCAUAGAGGAGAUCAACGCGCCCGAGGAGGGGGGCGUAGAGGGCGCGGCGGUGCAGGCGGACGGCGCGGCGAAGCCCCAGCGGCCCGAGACGAUCCUGGAGAGCCUGAUCAAGAGGCCCGCUACGCAGCCCAAGCUGGAAAUGCCGGAGGAGCCGGCGGACUGGAAGCCGGCGGACAAGUGCUACUUCUGCGUGGACGGCGCUGAGACUGGUGGGGCGGAGGCGCGCGCCACGGCGACGAGUCCAGCGUCGGAGUCGGACAGCAGCUCGGUGUCGGGCGCGAAGAGCCCCGCCGCCGCCCCGCCCCUCUUGCAACAGAUGCUGCAGCUGCAGCUGCAGGCGCAGACACCCCAGGCCAUUGCCCAGUUCCAGCAGAUGCUGGCGGCGCUGGCGGCGCUGGGCAGCGGGCUGGUGCCGCCGCCCCUGCCUCAGGCGUGGCUCAUACAGCGGCUAGCGCAGACGAGGCAGCACCCGGACAGGCUGGGCGAGGCGUGCGACAAGCCGCCGGCGGCAAGCUCAUCGCCGACCCUCGCGGAACAGCCCCUGGACCUCAGCGCCAAGUCCACUUCCAGCACCAGCGGCACACCGCCGCCGGAUCACAACAACUUGGACAAUUCCAGACUAAAGCGCACAGCGCUGGACAGCGCUAGCAACAGCGCUACGAGAAGGACCUACACGGACGACGAACUUCAGAGCGCGCUGAGAGACAUCCAGUCGGGGCGGCUGGGCACGAGGCGCGCGGCCGCGAUAUACCGGAUACCGCGCUCCACGCUCCGCAACAAGAUCAACAAAUGCGGCAUCGCCGCCGACCUGGGCCACGACUCCGAACCGGACAGCGACCCGGAGAGGGCCGACUCGCCGCCCUCCGUGAUCCUCAAGAUACCGACGUUCCCCCCGCCGGAGGAGAAGAGCCCCUCCCCCGCCACGCCCGUCACCCCGAUCACGCCGCUGAUCCCGCCGCCGCAGCCGCUGCAGCCGCUGCAGCCGCCGCUCAACCCGCCCUCGCAGCUGCUGCUGCCCGCCUCAGUGUUUGCGGACCCACCCUCCACCCAGCACUUGUUCACGUCGCUGAGCGACGUCAUAGCGAAGAGCAUCAGCCAGAAGUUCCAGCAACCGCUGGAGCGGCCGCCGCAGCCCGAGCUGCCGUUCAUGCGGGCGCCGGAGAGGCACGUGUCGGUGAUCAAGACGCCGCCCGAAGGCCAGCAGAGGGCGUACGCGGCGGCGGCGGCGGCUGCGGCGGCGGGCAACUCCCGCGCUCCCACCUCCAACAACAACGGGCAGCCGGCAGCCGGCGGCAAGGGCACCAGGCCCAAGCGGGGCAAGUACCGCAACUACGACCGGGACAGCCUCGUGGAGGCGGUGAAGGCGGUGCAGCGGGGCGAGAUGUCGGUGCACCGGGCGGGCUCCUACUACGGGGUGCCACACUCGACGCUCGAGUACAAGGUGAAGGAGCGGCACCUGAUGCGGCCCAGGAAGCGCGAGCCGAAGCCGCAGCAGGAGCAGAAACCGCAGCCGAAGCCGCCGCCGCCCAAGGCGCCCGCGAAGCCGUUCGCCAACGGGCUGAACGGGCCCGAGGCUGGCUACGCGGGCGGCUACCCGUUCUGGGCGGGGGGGUUCGCGCCGCCGCCCGCGCCCGACCUGUACGCGUCGCACAUGAUGCGGCGGCUGCGCGACGAGGCGCCGCCGGCAAACGGCUCCUUCCUGGAGGGCAUCAUCCGCUCGAGCCUGGAGCGGCCGCUGCUGCCGCGCGCCGCGGCCGCGCCCGACGCGCCCAGCCUGCUGCGGCGGCUGGCCGGCGAGCCGGAGGAGGGCCCGCCCGCCAGGCGCCCGCGCAUCGGCAGCACCGACCGCCAGCUGGCGGCCGAGAUGCGCGACGCGGUGCAGCGGCUGCGCGCCGACAAGAUGCGCCCGGCGCCGCGCAACGGCACCCCCACGCCCCCCGCGCCCGCCGCGCCCCCAGCCGCCGCCGCGCCCACGCCCCCGCCGCCCGCGCCCUCCGCCCCUGCGCCCCCCGACCGCCCC